CUUGACUACACUAUCUCAAAGUAAGAAUAGUUUAUUCGAUAAAAUUUAAGUAAUCAGUGAUAAGGCGAUUUAACAAACAAUUUUUUAGACAGUAAACCAAACUGUAUAAAAGUAAAGUCAUACCCAGAUAAUUAAACAAAUAAUAUAAAAGAGAAAAAUCAAUAAAUAAAUAAAUAAAACGAAAUAAACAACAAAGUAAAUAAAGGAAUAAUUAUUCAAGUAAUUAAAGUAAGAAGAAACGGAAGUAUUAACGGUCAAGUUUCUUCGGGACAUGAUCCAAUAGGGUAUUACCAUUUUUACUGCUGUGGUUCUAUGACUGUGGUUCUGUACAAUACUGAAAAAAAUCAAAAAACGGUUAUAACCAGUCACGGAUUUACCAGUACGUACGUACAUACACAUAUGGUAUUUGAUUGCCAUUAAAUGGUAUUUGGUUGUGCUACCGGCCACGCAAUGACCAAACGUUGAUGAGACUGUCGUGGCAACGAAUUCAGCUUUGCGUCACGAUACAUUACCGUUGAGCCUAUCUACACUCAACGACAAUACCUACUAAUUCGGGUGUGGAAUUCUAUUGCUAAUACAGUAAUUCAUUGUCAAAAUGUCUAGAUAUUCUCCUAGUAUCGUUGAGUAUUUCGCAGAACAUGAAAAACACAGAUGUGGUUACUGUAAGAGCCCCGACACCAACUUUAGCCAUGGUCUAUGGGCCCACACUUUGACGGUGCAAGAUUAUCAAGAUUUAAUAGACCGAGGCUGGAGACGGAGCGGAAAAUAUUGCUACAAACCUACCAUGGACCAGACUUGUUGUCCGAUGUAUACCAUCAAAUGUGAUGCAUUAGAUUUCAAAAUAUCUACGUCUCAAAAGAAGAUACUAAAGAAAAUGUCGAAGUCUUUGAAAGAUGAUUUGAAGAGAAGUGAGAAUGCAGAUCGAGACGAAUCUAUUAUUCAAGGAGACGCAGGUUGCAUGGAACAAGCUGACAAGGCUCUAAAAAAUGUAACAGACAUUGAUCUUUCACUGGUUACCGAUACUUUUGAUGUGAGAUUAACUGCUCCAAAGAGCUCUUCCAAUCCAGACAAUGUCUUUGGGGUUGAUAACCUUUUGGGCACUGUGAAACAAGCUCGAAAUCUGACACCCACAUCAUGUAGUAGUAGUAAAGAAUAUAAGUUAGGGGCAGGCUUAGAUAAGAGUAAGCCACCCCCUAAAAAGGCAAAAUUGAUGCGGCUGGAACGCAAACAGAAUAAAUUGCUAUCAACAGGGAAAGCACCGACUGAAAUCAGCAAUAUUUUUAAUAAGGGACAACCAUUCACUGCUGGUAAAACCCUAGAAGAGUUAUUCAAUGAAGAAAAUACUGGGGAUAGUAAGUUGGAGCUGCGGUUAGUUAGAACAUCGCCAAUGAGCACUGAGUACAUGAAAACCUCGAGAGAAAGUUAUGAAUUAUACAAAAAUUACCAAAUGGCAAUACAUAGGGAUCCAGCUGAAAAACUUACGGAACAACAAUACACAAAGUUUCUCGUAAAAUCUCCCCUACAGCAAUGGGCUCCGGCCGAUGGUCCUCCUCAAGGCUAUGGUUCAUUUCAUCAACAAUAUUGGCUGAAUGAUAAACUGAUUGCUGUUGGAGUUAUAGACAUCCUGCCAUCUUGCAUUUCCAGUGUUUAUUUCUUCUAUGAUCCAAUAUACUCGCACCUUUCUCUCGGAACUUAUGGAUCCCUCCGCGAAGUGUGGUUAACUAGACAGCUCUACAAAGUUGUUCCAAGUCUAAAAUAUUAUUACAUGGGAUUUUACAUCCAUACGUGCCCCAAAAUGCGGUACAAAGCCAAAAUGUGUCCAUCAAAACUUUUAUGCCCAGAGACAUACGUAUGGUGUGAUAUUGAAAAUUGUUUACCAAAGUUAGAUAAAGAGAAGUACAGCAGACUUAACGAAGAUAUAGAUGCUGUUGACGAAAAUAUCAGCAACGAUAUUUCACAGGUUUUAAUUUUUUAUAACCGGAGAGUUAUGCCUUACUACAUUUAUAAACAACAAGCACAUCGAUCGGAUGAUGAAGAUGAAGUCAGAGAAUAUGCUGCACUUGUUGGCAAAAAAUGUGCCCAAAACUUACUUCUUCAUCGCAGUUGACCAUCUCACUAUGAUUCAUGUCAGAAGAAGCAGGUGCAGGAGCAAUCGUAGGACCUAAUGUAUUGAGCUGGCUUCCUUGAGGUGUCGUAGAUCUUUCCACCGAUGAUAUUUCGUUCCAAGAUUGAACUUUCCCGCUGCCUCCGAUGAAGAAGACUAUCAUACUGAAUAUGCACACGGCUGCACCAACCCAAAAUACGAUUUGCCAAUUUUCUAUUGAAUCCUAUGAAGUAUAUUGAAAUAAGAGUUAUUGAAGCAUCACUUUGAAACUGGACUGUGUUAUAUAAAUCUUAAUUAUACGUUUCCUUUGGUAUUAACAUUAUUAAAGUAAGAGAAAAUGAAAGCAAAGCCUUACCACGUUUUUAGCUGCAUAAACAUGAACGUUUGAAUUUUUGGUGCAAAUAAUUAAGCAGAGGAUGUAGGUCAAUGCACAAAAUUUGGCUGAAUAGCUCCUAAGUACUCUCCGUACUACAAAUACCAUACAAUGCAGAGACAAACAGUACUUAGGCGUCAACAGCUAUUGAUACAUACAAAAUGCGUUAGUUGAUCGUCCCCGAAAUAUUAUUAGAUUUCUUCACUCCAGAGUACUUUCCGUACUACAAGUUAUGUAUAAUGUAGAUACAAAAAGUACAAUGGUGUUAACAAAUCAAAUGAUAGGUAAAAGCAAUAAAGCCAAAGCAUAAUGGUGACUGCAAAAUGGUUAAGUAUUAAUGAUAUGCAAAUAGGUAUGAUGAACAUAAGUUCAUACAUUAUUAUUGAAAAAAAUACAUGUACACAAAUAUGCAAUGAAAAAUGAAAUGUAAGCUAGCAAACUUGAAUCCGCAGUACUCACCGUACUACAAUUUAUUCCAUGUAGUGCCAGUCAAUACUGAGGAUUCAAGAUCGCCGAAAUUAUUAUGUUGCCAAUAAACUAGAUUAAAGCAAAA